UGGACACAAGAACAAGAUAUCCACGAAUGUGUCGUUUCGACACGCUAGCCAUCCUCCCGCCGCCGUUCAAGAUGCGUCAUACCGUGACCGUCGGAGCUUUCCUUUCCCUAUUUGCUCACCUGACAGACGGUGUGACAGGUGACAAAGUGAGGCUGAAAGACGUUCAGGUUCUCACGCUGCGGCAGGGACAGUACACCACCGGUCGCCGGUCCCAUCCGGUUCCUCAGCUGAACUGCCGCGGUGGCAGCGCCGGCUGUCAGGAUCAACCUUCGGUUGUUCAGUGCUACAACCGUGGAAGCGACGGCCGGGACACACAGUGGGAAUGCAAGGCCGACAUGAAAUCGCAGAAGUUCGGUUUGAUUCAAGUUACAUGCGAAGGAUACGAUACUCCUCAAGACGAAUACGUACUGCUGGGAUCUUGCAGACUGGAGUACUAUCUGGAGAGAACCGGAUUUGGCGAUGGCUCAUUGCCGAGCGUACCCGUGCAUCAGAGACACCAUGAAGAGGACCUCUCCUCUGGGACGCUUCUUAAUUUCGUCAACGCCAUCAUUUUUGUUCUGGCGGCGAUUGGCUUCUGCGUUGUGUGCCUCUGCUGCUUGGCCCUUUGCGCAGAGAGCGCCGAUCGUCACAGCCAUACGCAACUCGUGAUCCUACCCGAAGCUGGCCGCAGUACAUCGCUUCCGGCCUCCAAUCUGUACUACUAUGCCGAGUCAAGAGAAUCUCCGUACGGGAACUACGGUGUCGUCCGGAUAUCUGGCUGGGAAGCUCACCGGGAGGACCUGGUUGUGGACCGGGUGCCUCGACGUGUGGCCCGCUAGGCUAUUCGUAUGGAAAUAGGGCCUCCUGACUUUCGAAGAACCGACAAGAGGUCGUCGCGAAAUGUGUCGUAUACAUAUGUGCUCGACAAAUAAAAGUUACCAGUGCGUAAUAAAUAAAA